CAUAAAAAGAAAGAGAGAGAAAGAGGGAGAUACCCUUUUAACCAGACCAAAGGGAGUGUAAUAGAAGAAGCAUGAAAAAACCCUGAGGUUAUGAUAAAGAGCUAAUUUAGUUCAAGUGUUUCUACUUAUUCCCAUCACAAAAUUUUCUCAAUUUAUAUACACCCAUCUUUUUUUGUAAGCUAACUUAUAUACAAUUAUGGUACUCUAAGGACAACAAAAACAUAAAAGGAGACCUAACUCUUUCCCAAAGAAAGCAGUAGUGAGUAAAUACUCAUACUUGAGAGAGAGAGAGAGAGAUAGAGGAGAGAGAAAGAAAAAGAAGAUAAAAAUGGGAAGAGGAAGAGUAGAACUGAAGAGGAUAGAAAACAAAAUCAACAGGCAAGUCACAUUUGCUAAGAGAAGAAAUGGACUUCUUAAGAAAGCUUAUGAGCUUUCUAUUCUUUGUGAUGCUGAAGUUGCGCUUAUUAUCUUCUCUAAUCGUGGAAAACUCUUUGAGUUCUGCAGCUCUUCUAGUAUGCUGAAAACUAUCGAAAAGUAUCAGAGGUGCAACUACGGCGCUCUGGAAGCCAAUGGAGUUCUUAAUGAUCCCCAGGCUACCUACCACGAAUAUUUGAAGCUGAAGACUAGAGUGGAAUUCCUACAGCAAUCUCAGAGGAACUUGCUGGGAGAAGAUUUGGCCCCAUUGGCGAUAAAGGAGCUAGAACAGCUAGAGCAUCAGCUUGAGUUGUCUUUGAAGCAAAUAAGAUCCACCAAGAGUCAACAUAUGCUGGAUCAGUUGGCUGAACUUCGAAAACGGGAACAAGCUUUAGUUGAAAACAAUAGGAACUUGAUGAAGAAGUUGGAAGAAAGUAAUCCCCAGUUCCCUCAGCAACUUGCAUGGGAAGGUGAUAAUCAUCAAGAUCAACAAAAUAUCCCUUUUAGUCGCAUUCCUACUCAUCAUCAGUCAUCUGAAGGCUUCUUCCAACCUCUUUGUGGCAAUCCUCCCCUUCAAAAUGGCUAUCAUCAUCUGGAUUCAACUCAAAUAAGUGUGGCAACACCGAGCCAAAAUCUCAAUGGAUAUAAUAAUGUCCACGGAUGGAUGCUUUGAGAUAAACAGAAAUAAGUGUGGCAACACAAAUCUCAUUUUGCUUGAGAAAUAUAUAUGUAUUUAUAUUUCAAGGUAAGUUUUGGGUUGUUUCUAUAGCUUGCUUAGUAUUGUUAAUGAUUUUGUAAUUAUAACGGUGAAGGACAAUAAAAUAAAAUUGUCCAUGUUGUAAUGAGAUAAAGAAUGUAAACACUUGUGCUGCUCGAACAAUCCUACCAUGAUAGAGCUCAGCAUUCACCAAAACACUCUUUUGCUUGCAGUUGUACGUAAAUUGAUAAGGAU